AUGAACGUUUACCCGCAUUUCCCGCGGGGAGGAAGCCUCCUCCUCCUCUCGCUACUCUCCGCCCUUCUGCUCCCCGCCCUCAUCCCUGCGGCGCACGCGUCGCUCCGCUCGCAGGGCCUUCUCCCCGGCCCCUCCGCACUUCACGCCGGCACUACCGCCACUGCCACCGCCGCAGUCGGCAGCGCUGGAACCAGCGCCGGAGGCGGAAGCGCGGCCCAGUCACGCGCGGUGGCGCAGCCGAUGGGGCUCAUCGGCCGGUUGCGCAAGUGGUGGAAGAAAAUCCGCGGAAAGAAGCCGCCGAGCAGCGCGCCCACCGGCGCGUGUCAGAAGUCUUCGCUGAGCGGAUUCACGUCGUCUGUGGACCUCUCGGGCACAGGACUCGUUCUCCACUGGAACGUGGUGGCGGCGGGCGGCACGCAGCUGGACAUGGCGCUAGAAGCCAAGGGCGCGACGCUGGCCGGCGGGUGGUUCUCCGUGGGGUGGUCGCCGGACGGCAGCAUGGUGGGCAGCGACGCGGUGAUCGCGAUUCCGGGCGGCACGCCGGAGUACGAUGCGUAUGUGAUGACGGGGCAGACCACGGCGGGCGUCGCGACCACGACAACGUUCACGCUCGGCAGCGCGCCGAGCUUCACGGCGACUCCUGGGACUAACGCCGUGCUCACUUUUUCGCGGUCAACGGGUGACGGGGGGGCAGUGCCAGUGAACGUGGCGGGGAGCAACUACAUGGUGUGGGCCUACUCUGCUGACGGCACUGCCACGCUCGACAACCACGGUGGCGACAACCGCGGCAGUCGCAGCAUCGACUUCACAUGUGAUGGCACCAAGGUGGCGUCCAUGUGCCCUGCCUCCACGGUCACAGGCUUCGACUACCAGACCAACCUCGGGGGCAACAACCUCAUCAUGCACUGGAAGGCAGCAGCAGCAUCCGCCAUAGAUUUCGCCCUGGAGGCCAAAGGCACGGUGGCCAACGGAUGGGUGUCCAUGGCAGUGGGGGCGAGCUCGCGCAUGGCGCCCUCCGAUGCCGUCAUUGGCAACCUGGCGGGCGGGGCCGUGGGCGCGUAUGCCAUCACCUCGACCAGCGCGUCAGGGGUCAACCCGGGGAGUUUCUCCAUUGGUACUGCAGCCACCACCACCUCUCCGUCCGGGUCCACACUUGUCACCUUCACGCGCACGCAGGGAUCGGGGCGCAUCAACGUGAACGGCGUGAGCAACAUCCUGUGGGCCUACUCCGGCUCGCAGUCCCAAGCCCUCACCACCCACGGCGGCAACAAGGGGUCGCUGCUGGUGGACCUGUCGUGUCGCACCAAGCCCAAGUGCGUGAAGCGCAAGAUCCUCUGGUGGAAGUGCAAGCGCAACGGGGGGGGUGAUGAUGAUGACGAUGAUGAUGAUGACGACAAUGAUGAUCACCACGACAGGCGCCAUUGA